AUGCAUUUACAACGUCUUUCGCUUUUAGCGGCGAUCAGCUGCGUGGUCCAGCCUGCGAUCGCGGUGCCUCACGGGCCUCGAACUCAGGAGGGAACUUGCAAGAAAACGAAAGUUGCGAUUCUCGGAGGUGGUGUCGCUGGUAUCACUGCUGCUCAAGCCCUGACCAAUGCCUCUAUACACGAUUUUGCAAUCCUUGAAUACCGUGAUACUCUCGGCGGUCGGGCUUUGCAUAAGCCGUUUGGCAAAGACAAGGAUGGAGAGCCGUAUACCAUUGAGAUGGGCGCUAAUUGGGUGCAAGGCAUCGGAAACCCAGGAGGUCCGCAAAAUCCGAUUUGGCUCUUGGCUCAACAAUACGGACUGAGGACUGAGUACUCCAAUUACGACAAUGUUUCCACCUAUAACAAAGACGGGUACUCAGACUAUAGUGAGCUAUUCGAUGCCUAUGAUGAGGCCUAUGAUAUCGCCGAUGGAAAGGCAGGGGAGAUCCUUAUUCAGAACCUCCAGGAUCAAACUGCCAAGUCGGGCCUUGCUCUGGCUGGCUGGAAUCCUAAAUUUGACGACAUGGAAGCACAGGCUGUUGACUGGUGGUCGUGGGACUUCGAGGCUGCUUAUUCGCCACAAGAAAGCUCCUUUGUCUUCGGCGUUGCAGGCACCAACCUAACCUUCAACUACUUCAGCGACCACGAUAAUCUCGUUGUGGAUCAACGAGGCUUCAAUUUCAUUUUCAAGAAGCUAGCAUCAACUUUCCUUCGCGAUAACGACCCCCGUGUUCACUUGAACACCGAGGUCACGAACAUCACCUAUUCAGACCAUGGCGUCACUGUUCACAACAAAGACGGCAGCUGUGUCGAGGCAGACUAUGCCCUCAGCACAUUCUCACUAGGAGUCCUGCAGCAUGGCGCUGUGACCUUCUCUCCAGAGCUCCCAGACUGGAAACUGGAAGCUAUUCAGAAGUUCACCAUGGGAACAUACACCAAGAUCUUCUUCCAAUUCAACGAGACCUUCUGGCCCUCCGAAACCCAAUAUCACCUCUACGCAGAUCCUGUCACCCGCGGCUGGUACCCAAUCUGGCAGUCCCUCUCAACCCCGGGCUUCCUCCCAGAUUCCAACAUCAUCUUCGCAACCGUGACCAACGAUCUCGCCUACCGAGUCGAGCGCCAAUCAGACGAGCAAACCAAAAAAGAAGGAAUGGAAGUUCUGCGCAAGAUGUUCCCAGACAAGGAUAUUCCCGAGCCAACCGCAUUCAUGUACCCACGCUGGACCUCAGAGCCCUGGUCUUACGGCAGUUACUCCAACUGGCCGCCUUCCACAACCCUAGAGAUGCACCAAAACCUCCGUGCCAAUGCUGGCCGGCUGUGGUUUGCCGGCGAGGCUACCAGUCCGACAUUCUUUGGUUUCUUGCACGGCGCAUACUAUGAAGGGUUGGAUGCUGGCCGACAAAUCGCGGCAAUUAUCCAGCACCGAUGUGUGAAGUCUGACUCUAGUCAUUUGAGAGAAUGUGGCCCUCGCAAGCACUAUGAGACUUUGCACGGCACAUCGCCGUAUUCAGACUACACUAAGCUCAAUGGAUGGGAUGUGGAUAGUUUCGUCGAUAACAACAUUGAUUAA